GAGAAACGGAUUUAUAUCGUAGCGCAUCAAUAACGAGGCACAUCUUACAAGAUGAAGAGUGCACAAGAAAUCGAACAAGACCGAAUCAAACCAAACAAUGGGAAGGAUUUGUGUGUGACGUGUUCUUAUUGUUUGCAAAAAUCGCCGCAAUUCCAAUCGGUCGACUCAUUUCAUUACGCUUGUGAUUAUUUAAUCGAAGCUAAUAGAUCCGGAAAGACUUCCGACAAGUGCGAAGAGAGAGAAGACGGAGAUGAACAACAGUUGGAAUCGGUCUCCAGAAAGCCCGAAAGGGUACUCUUGUUCUUCGAUAUCAUCACGAGGGGCCUCGGCCUCGACUCUGGAUCGGGCAGAUCCAGUCAGGAAAGCAGGGAUGGUGCUCUUUUGCUUGCGCUCAAGCUCGGUAAGACCAUCGUCGAAAACGUAGUCAGUUCGGCUCUGGGGGGUUACACGGGCCUUAGCGGCUUCCUUGUAGUCGAAGUCAGGGAUAGGAUCAGUGUUGACUGUAGGGUGGACGAAGACAGGUGUGAUGGUACGUCCGGCACCUCCUCCAGAAAUCUUUCCCCCUCCGAGCUUGAAGUUUUGUGCCUUCUCUGCGAAAGAAGGGUACCCCUUACUUUCAGGAGGAGCCUUGGUCUGUUGGAAGACGGAGUCGACAGGUUGCACAACAACGAAAGAGAUUGUGAAAAAGAAGAGUUUAGCAUACGCGUUUGUAUAUUUGAUAAAGAAAAGUCCUCGAAUCUCAUUCGUCAAAUGUUCCAGAAUUGUUCCACCCACUGGCCGUCACGAUUCAGGAUGAAUAUGCGUCGUGCAUCCUUCCUCUUCCUACGUACAGAGGCCUUCUUGACAGCCUUGGUGGCAGGGGCCUUUCCAACAGCACGGGUGGCGAACUGAGGGGCGUUGAAGGCAGUGGCCGAAACCAAAAGGAGAGCGAAAACAGCAGCGUACUUCAUUUUGAUAUGUUGUUGAAUGUAAUUACGAGUUGUGAGCCCAACAGUCGAAAUAUUCGAACAGAAUGAUGAAAUAGAUCCCUUCCAAAACG